AAGAAAUAAAUGAAAAACAUUAUGAGAAAGCUGAAUCAAUGUGUAAAGAAUUUUUAAAUUUUUUUCCUAAAAGUUAUUCUUUAAGAUGCAUUUUAGGUUAUAUUUAUAGAUGUCUUAAAAAUUAUGAACAAGCACACUCCUAUUUGAAGAAAGCCAUUAAUUUAAAACCAAAAGAACCAAUUGCUUAUUUAAUUUGUGGAGAAAUAUUUUUUUGGCAAAGUAACUAUAAUGAAGCAAUAAAUAAUUUAGAAAAAUCAAGAGAUUAUAAGGCUAAAAUAAAUAACUUAUAUAUAAUACUUGGAAAUAGUUACUUAUUUUAUAAAAAUUACUAUGUUAAUGCAAAUCAUAAUUAUAAUGAUGCAUUAAAAAAUGAUCCAGAUAAUUAUUUAUGUCUUAAGAAUAAUGCAUGUAGCUAUGAAAAGAGGCAUAUGUAUUCAGAAGCUUUAAAAAU